AUGGAAUUCAAUGGACACAAUACUGAUGACUGUUAUAAUAUUUUACUGAACCACUACGAGGCUGCAUGCAAAACUUAUGUCCUAGUGACUAACUUAAAAUGGAUUUGUCGUAGAAGCGAAUGGAUGAAUGAUGACAUCAAGAAUAAAAUAAAAGCUAAAAAUAAACUAUGGUUUCGAUGUAGAGCGAAUGGAUAUAAAAAUCUUAAAUUUGUCAACGAAUACAAAGUGUGUAAUAUUCAAUUGAAGAAGCUCAUAUAUAAAGCUCGUUGUGAGUGUGAGCUUGAUUUAGCAAUAAAAUCAAAGCACAACCCAAAAACACUGUUCAAGUAUAUUAAUAGCAAACAAAAUGUUAGAACUACAAUAACAGCCUUAAAAGGAAUCAAUGGCGACACUAUCACAAAUCCAAUAGAAAUUGCAAAUCGGCUGAACAAUCACUUUCAACGUAUUUUCAACAAAAAUGAAAACGAUGAACUGCCAUAUUUUAUAAAACGAACUGAAGCCAUCUGCAAACACUCACAAAUAACGCAAGAUCUGGUUAAAAACAAGCUGAGCAAUUUAUCAGUUGACAAAACCGUUGGUUUGGAUGGUGUAAGCGCAUAUGUACUGAAGAACUGUUCUGACAGCUUCCCAAUACCUUUAAGCGCAAUUUUUCAGAAGUCGCUAGAUAAUGGGUGUUGUCCUAAAGUAUGGAAAAUAGCUAAUGUAACACCACUGUUUAAAAACGAAAGUAGACUCGACCCAGGCAAUUACCGGCCUAUAUCCUUAACAUCAGUUGUAUGUAAAGUGAUGGAGAAAAUAUUACAUGACACUAUCAUCAAUCAUUUAGUCGAACAUAGCCUUAUUUCAAAAAAUCAACAUGAUUUUAUCAAUAAAAAAGCUUGUGUGACUAAUUUGUUGGAGUCGAUUGACAUUAUGUCAAAAGCAUUAUCUGACAAGAUAUCUAUGGACGUAGCUUUUAUAGAUUUCAGUAAAGCAUUCAAUAUGGUUCCCCACAAGAAACUAAUUUACAAACUUGAGGCAUAUGGUUUUACUGGAAAUCUCCUGAAUUAG